AUGCAAAGCCAAGCCAGUGGCUUCUUCGCGUCCCAGUCGACAUCAAUGUCUCGUGCUUCGUCGAUAAGGAGUGCUGGAGGGCAGCCCCCGUUAUCAGCAAAUAGUCUCGGCGUCGUCCCUGGUCAGCAGCAGCAGCAGCAGCAGCAGGGGAACGUCCGUCCCGCCAUCCUGCCAGACCGCACCGUCACAGAAACUACAAUAGAGGAUGCCUACGUGUCGUUCAUCCUUGCCUGCAACCCGGCCGUGUCGCCGGCAACAGACACGACUGCUCUACGCGAGGCCUUUCGCACACCGCCCCGGAGCGAUGGAAAGAAUUUUAGUAUCUUCACGCUCUACCAGCUGAUCUGCCAGCUAGAAGAACGCGAGAUCAAGACCUGGGCUGAGUUGGCCUUGAAAUUGGGCGUCGACCCCCCCGACCAAGACAAGGGACAGAGCUCCCAGAAGAUCCAGCAGUAUGCUGUCCGCCUCAAGCGCUGGAUGCACUCGAUGCACGCCAAUGCUUUCUUCGACUAUCUCAUGGACCGGCCGCAUCCCUACUGGACCGACAUUCCCACAAGCCCGUACUCUGUUAGUGAACACCUUCGCGAUGGUGUUGCAGCAAAAGACGACAUGGCCCUUCGGGCCUUGAUUCCGGAAAUCAAACCGCGCCGUGGCCGCCGCCGACCAGACGACGACUCCGACCAGGAUACCCUGUCCAACCACUCAUCAUCACAUCGACCGCGACUGGACGACUACGUCGACGACCUUUCUGCUCCAGGCUCCGGAACAUCGUUGGCAAGCCGGUGGUCCACUCAAUCGGACAGCAGAUAUGACUUCGGGGUCCCCCUCUCACAUGCACAGGAGACAGGUCCGCACUAUGUAUCACCACCAGAAAUGAGUGGGUUCGGCCCGAAUUACGUACAGGCACCCACCCCGGUCGCAGGUUGGUCAGCGAGCCUCGAUGGUAUGGGCACAUCGCUCUCCGAAUACCCACAAUCGGGCAUCAUGCCAUCCGCCAGAACAAAUUAUUGGGCUGACGAGCCAAAGCCAGCCGCGGCGGGUUCUUCCGCUGGGCAGUCAUCGCGCCGGCCAGGUCGCCGGUACGGUGCUAAAGUCGUGUCUUCUGCUUGGCGGAGUAGUGGUACAGGCGGCUCCGGAAAGACGCGUGGACGGCCCCCAAUUAACCGCAACGGACACCAUCACAACCCUAACGCCCAAGAACCGUUUUCCCACCAGACAUCUGUGGUUAACCUCGACCGUACCGCCGCAGCGUUUCCUAUAGUAACGUCGUCGUAUGCCUCGCAUAUGGAACCCACAACAGCUGCUCCGCUUCCGACGAUGCAACUGACCGAGAUGAAUGUUCCCACGACGUCAUCGUUGUCCUCACCGAUUCCUCUGCUCACGUUGUCCGACAGCAUGAGCUCGUCUUCUACUACAGCGCCAUCGCGCAGCAACUAUCCAAAUCACUUGCCUUUCCAGGUUCCUUCGAAACAAGGAACCGACAUAUGUGUGACGUCUCCGUCGUCGCAGCGUGUGGCCGACCCCAUUUCUAGCUUUGGUAUGCAUCCCCCAUUCUCUCCACCGAGUACGCGUGCCAUCUCCGAAAAGUCACUGUCUCUGACAAGCUACGGCACAGGCACGCUAGACCUACCGCUCAAUAUGAAUUUUGCGCCGGAUGCGACUGCUCAUCACAGCGAGACACCGAGUUUAGGUGCCACUCACCCGCCGGUGGCAGCUACCAAUGUCGGCUCCGCAACAACGGAGGCGUCGUCCGUCACACCUGAGAUCGCAACCAACAGCCGGGUAAACAAGCACGAAGAAGGCCGCCAGUUGCCGCAGAUGACACCAAAAGCACCGCCUAUGUACAGCGUACACUUUGGCACUGGGGAGACCACCGACCGCACAAACAUUGCCGAGAUCGAGGCGUACUUUAUGACCGAAGUUUUUGCGGCGGCGUGGUACGAUGAGAACGACCAGCGGAUCGAGCCAUGCAGCGUCGAGGAAGCUAGUGCCCUCGUGGACAGCAUCGUUGAAGGCCUGACCAAGGGCGCUGCAUGCAAGGAGGCAUUUCUAAUCAACCUGGCUGCUCUUGCCGGGAGCAGACUUCUAAUGGCGAACACAGGCGCUCGUAUCAAGCGUCUCGAGCAGACGACCGAGUACACAAAAUACGACUUUGCCUGGGAGCUGCGCUUCGGCGACGUGUGCGGCCAGUUCAACAUUACGGAAGCGGUAGAGCACGCUCGUUGGAAGAAGAUGACGGCAGAUGUCAAGGCGUCCGUAGCUCGAGCCGUUGGCCUCAAGACCGAGGCCGAGGAGCGUCCUCAGCAGCCGUAUCCUCCGACACGAAGCACUGGGUCCGAUGGUUCACACCCAACGAGCUUGGAGGGCGGCCGGAUGCACUUCCCCACGCAGAGCAACAACCUCGACGACGCCAGCCGCUACGAGGAUAUGGUGACAGGAACUGUCCCAGCUGUCAACCCCGACAUCCAAAGCUACUGUCGUACAGCGGACUUUAUGACCAGCGGCAUCGGCUAUGGCAUGCCCAUGAGCGCACCUCUGCCCACUGCAGGUGCUGCUCUGGGAUCUGCCGGCGGCUCGUUGCCUGCUACAGCCAGUCCAACGAACACAAAUACCCAAGACGAGAUCCUGGCCCUCGCCGCUCUAUGGGAGAAGAAGUACCGUAACCUACUGCACCUCUUGUACAAGCGAGACCGGCAGUUGGACCGGACACGGUGCGCUGUACUGCAGGGUCUUCAGGGGGCCUACGAAUACGACGAUAUUGGAGACAUCUAA